AUGAGCGCCGUAGAAGAGGAACAAGGCGCUCUUGGCUCGUUGGACAACCUUGUGCUCGGCACCAUCCUAUCCGACCUAGGAGUGUCGUCUCAAGAUGCCAUCUCUCGCUCACGUCUGCUAUCCCAUCGCGCUGGUCCAUCCUCCUUCGAACCCCGUAAUGGCGCAAACACAAGCAAUGACGAUGAAGGAAUGCAGCUAGCUUCGGAUCAGAUAUAUGGUGAAAAGUACAUGGACGAUGACUUUGGGACGACGGAUGAAAGGGACGAAGAGAGCGAUGGAAUGGCAGAGGAUCUGGAGGUAGAGAAAGAGCGGAGAGCGAGGGAGGACAGAAUGUACCGAGCUGGCUUGCAGAGUCUCGAGACCGGUGGGGCGAGGCAAAUCAGGGGAGAAGUGGGGUAUGACGACGAUGACGAUGAGGGAGAAGAGGAAGUAAGGCAAGCGGCGGAAGAGGUAGCGAAGAGAAAGGAAGGAGAGAUGAGGGCUUUGAUGAGCAUCAAAAGGGAGCCUAUUGCUUCGCCACCAGACGAAAUGAUGGAUGAAGAUGCCGAGGGUGAAGAGGAUGCGGAAGGCGAAGAGGAGGAGGAGCAGGAGGAAGUCAUCACUCCGCCAGCGCAUGCCGCGACGGGUGUGCCGCAGGCUGACAUUGAGCAGAAUGAGGAGGACGAAGGCAUAGGGUUACCGGCAAGACCAAAAGUUAACAUCAAGCACGUAUUUCCGAAUUACGGACCUUCGUCCAUCAUCAACUUUACAGAGCUGUACAAAGAUCUGACCAGGCCGCUCAAAAGAGCAAGGAUAUCAGACUCGACCGUCGAAGCGCAAGCUCCCUCUACCCUCGCUGGGCAAGAGGAAGCUGUACCCGUCUUCGAAGCACCGCGCAUUCCAAGUGUCGUUGACCUGCCAAGCACAAGAGACGAAGCGGGAGUGCGCGAACUGUCAGCACCACCCACAAGACACAAUGCGAUCAGCUGGGCCAUGGAGCCACUUGUACGCUCAUCUCGUCGAGAUGCUCACCCACGCGACGAGCCCACCUCAGCGCAGCUUCGCCCGAUGGAUAUCGAGGACUGGGAGAGCAACAUUUUGUUGCAUCGCGCUACUAUACCAGCUCUAUCUCUGCGCGUUCGACCUGACCGGCUGUUCAAUGUCGACUUAGCCAAUGGAGAGUGGGAAGAUGGUAUUGUGCUCGAUGGCAAGGGACCUUCUAAGCGGGACUACUACAGGCUUUUGUUAGACAUGAAUGAUCCGGAGAUGAUGCUGGAGCGAAUCCAAGUUGAUCAAGCUUCGCAAGCGGGACGAGGUCCGCCACAAGCAAAAGCUGUGUCUUCGACAAGUGUCGGCACGUCUGGUGGGACAGCCACAAGUUCCGCAGGUGAAAUCCAAAGGCACGCAGUCGACUUUUUGAAUCUGUCCAAUGAUCACUUCUACGAGGUGUCGAAGGAACAGAUGAGGAGACGCGUUCGACAGACGUUGGGUCAGUUGAUCGUUCAACACGCACCGCCUGCCAAUGCGCUGCAAUUGCCUUUCGUGAGUAAAAAUCGCGCGCUCUCCGCUCGAGGAGAGCGAAUUGGACUUUCUGCUCACGCCCUCCACCCGCCAUGGCCUCCUAGUACAAGACGCGAUUGACAAAGACGGAAGCAAGAUCAUUCCAUCGACCAGCCAUGCAAUUCCCUUCCAACAUCCCGCUCAAGUUUUCAAAAGUGCGCUCCUCGAGGAAGAAGAAGGAAGAGAGGGAAGGCACAACCAGCAAAAGCGGCAAGAACAAGGAUCCCGCUGAGCUGCUCAAGAGCAGUAGAGAUCUGUCGUUGAGGGAUACAUCGCAAUUUGUUAUGUACGAGUAUUCCGUGAGUGUUCAUGAUGGCUGACGAGCGCCUGUGGCAGGUGCACUCACGCACUUGCCCUUGCCCUUGCCAGGAAGAGUAUCCACCACUGCUCUCGAAGAUGGGCAUGGGAUCUCUCAUUGUCAACUACUACCGCAAGCGAAACGAGCGUGAUGAGCACAUACCAAAGGUAAGCACGACGAGUCCCAAACGCAUCGCGAAGCUCAUGCGGCCCGCCCCGCUGCCGCGCAGUCGGACCUCGGAGAACCAUUCAUACUCGAUCUACCGGACGAGUCGCCUUUCAUGAAGUUCGGCAGUGUGCAUCCCGGCCAGACACAGCCGACACUCUACAAUAAUCUAGUCCGCGCUCCCCUCUUUCGGCACAAGCCAGCCAGCACGGAUUUCCUGUUGGUACGCAGUACGAACCGGAACUCGGUCAGGUACUUUUUGAGGGAAAUCAAAAAUGUUUUUGUCGUCGGACAGACCUAUCCCCUGGUCCAGAUUCCUGGACCUCAUGCAAGAUUGGUCACCAAUGCGAUCAAGACUAGGCUGCAGAUGAUUGCAUACAAGCUCGUCGCUACGACCCCUCUCAACCGCAUCAAGAUACAUCGCAUCAUGCGAUACUUCCCAGAUCAAAAUGAGUUGCAGAUGAGGCAAAGAUUGAAGGUGCGUAGCAACUGCAUUCAUAAGCUGUCAAUUCGCCAGUGUACUCACGUGCCACCCCUUGGUGCAUUUGCAGGAAUUCAUGGCCUACAAUCGUACCGCCGGACACAAGGACCAAGGGUACUGGAAGCUCAAGCCCGGCAUCAUCCCACCCGAAGAAUCUGAGCUGCAAAAGCAACUGCCCCCAGAGCACAUGGCCCUCAUCGAGGCUAUGCAGACAGGCCAACGACAUCUGUUGGAUGCAGGAUAUACACAGUCGGCGGAGGGAGCAGACGAGGAUGGUGACGAGUCCAAGAUGGACAUUGAGCAAUUGUUGGCUCCCUGGAUAGUAUCGAAGAACUUUUUGCACGCCACGCAAGGCAAAGCUAUGCUGAAGCUGCACGGAGAAGGCGAUCCGAGCGGGCGAGGCGAAGCUUUCAGCUUCUUGCGCGUAUCCAUGAAGGAGGUCUUCUUCAGAGCUGGAGACACUUUGGAAGCUCAAUUGGCUGCUCAGGCUGAAGAAGAGAAGAAAUCGGGCCACAAGUACAAUGUGCAGAAACAGCAGCAGGUGUACAGGUCGGAAAUUGAAAGGAUCUGGCAAUCUCAAGCUAAGGCCCUUUCCAACCCUGUGCCUCCUAAGCUGACUGCGCAGGAUUUGAAAGAGAAUUUGGAAAGGGAUGAGGCGGAAAAUGCGCGUAACAAUCAGGCCGGCCCGCGAACCGACGCUGGUGAAGCUGACGAGAGCGAGAGUCAAAUGGGCAUCGACACGCGGGUGCUCAGAAUCCGGAGGCUCGUGAGUACGAGUCACAGAGAUUGGGAAUUAUGGAUGUUCUGACUUCCCAUGCUUUGCCCGUUAGGUGCGUGGCCGCUGGGAGACGGAAAUCGUCCGGGACUCCGGUGUCAUUGGCGCCUACUUGCGACAACGUCAGCGUAUCGAGGACGAAGCGACAGCGACAGAGUCGCUUGUUCCUACGGGAGACGCAGCCUUGGAUGCAGCGCGACGAAAGAGGUUGGAAGCCGAGGUGGCUCAACUCAAGAAGAACCAAGAUCGAAGAUUGCAGCGCAAGAAUGCCAAAGCUGCGGCUGAAGGUCUGUCCAUUCCUGGAGGCUUCCAAAAGCUACUGAACAAGACGGACACGAAGAGGAGGUGCGGAAGGUGUGGACAGGUGGGACAUAUGAGCACGAACACUAGUUGUCCAUUGUACGAAGCUCCCAAACCUUCGCAGAUGGCCAGCUCAGCUUCCAGCAGGGCCGCUGCAAAGACUGGCUCCGGUGGGGGGAAUGAAGAGCUCAACGGAGGCAUCAGCUCCGAUGCUUCUAGGCGUCCUUCCCUCUUGACUUCUGGCGUAGGAAGCACUUCCAAUUUGUACGGCGUGCCUCACACCCCAUCGAGCGCAAUGCCUCCUCCAGCUUCUCCCUUUCCAUUUGCCAGAGCCCUCGGUGGAACGCCCAUGGCAAGUCCUGCAACGCCCGGGUUCGGCAUGCCCUCAGCCCACGCCACCUCUCCACAGGCAUCUCUUCCUGGCACUCCUGGACCCGGCUCGACCGGUGCGAGCGGAGGCGGUCCUGCUCCCAAAUUCAAGCUGAAAUUGGGCAAGAAGAAGGAUUGA